AUGAAGCUAACCACCGGGAAUGAGGGUGAGGCUGCUGCUCGACCAAGUCGGCGGAACAGCUCGGAAACAAAUGCGCCUGUGAGCAUGAUGUCGCAGUCAAGCUUUGUUGCUGUCAUAUCUGCUGACCACGUGCUCGUGCACCGGCAGGUUGUACCCAGAGACAGAAACACCUUUCUCUUCUCGGCCACGAUGACCUCAAAGGUCUCCAAGUUGCAGCGCGCAAGCUUGAAGAAGCCGGUGAAGGUAGAGGUGAGCUCCAAGUGUGAUACAGCGGCCGGGCUGGUUCAGAACUUCAUGCUGAUCCCAUUUAAGUUUAAGCACACCUACUUUGCAGCCUUGGUGGCUCACUUUAUCCACUAUGCGGUCAUGGUCUUCACCGACACAUGCCUUGGAGCACAAAGGCUUUCCGUUUUCUUGAGGCACAUGGGCAUGAAGUCCAUCUGCCUCCAUGGACAAAUGAGCCAGGCGCAGAGACUUGGGGCACUCAGCGGAUUCAAGGCCAAAGAGCAACGGAUCCUGGUGUGCACGGACGUGGCCUCGCGAGGAUUAGAUGUUCCGUCAGUCGAUUUGGUGGUGAAUUACGACAUUCCCAAAAACUCCAAGGACUACAUUCACAGAGUUGGACGAACGGCGAGGGCCGGAAGAAGCGGAAGAGCUGUCACGAUAGUCACCCAGUAUGAUGUGGAGCUCUUCCAGCGAGUUGAGCAUUUCCUUGGCAAGAAGCUGGAGGAAUUCAGCGAGCUGGUGGACACGAAGGUGAAAGCCAGCCACGAGCGCGUGCUCGAGGCGCUCCGAAGCACUGAGCUUGAGCUCAGAGAGCAGGACGAAGGCACCUCCGAACGAGCUGUGAAGAGGAAGAUGCAUCAGCAGAAGUCCAAGGGCAAGAAGGGCAGGCGCAGAUGA